AUGGCGCACGGCAACGAUGAUCUCGAAUUUGGCGGCGCCUGGCCGGAUGCCCCUAUUAGGAGGCCAGCUGCGGACUCGACUCCGGCCGGACAUCGCGUCCAGCCGGCCUGUGGCAUCGAUGAGGGCAUCCCCGCCGGCGUCGACGUCGGGGCGGCGGGCUAUGACUUCGAAUCCCCGCCAGGCGAGUCUGCGGCCAAGUUCAGCGCCUUCCGGGUUGGCCCGCCGAACGGCGACUCGGCAUUGAGGCUGGGCCCGUUCGGGGGAUCGCUGCUCGAGCCCGUUCCCCCUGGGGAGCGUGUGAGCAUCCGGUUUGCGGGUGUUUGCGGGUGGGUGCCGGGGUCCUUCGCGUCGCCGGGGCUGGUGACCAGCUUGAGUCGCAGCCUAAGCGGGAUGUUCUUGGGGGAGGAGGGCGAGAACGGGGGCAAGAAACAGAUUCUCAACAACAUCAGCGGGGGGGUGUCUCCUGGAGAAGUGCUGGCUAUCAUGGGUCCUUCAGGUUCAGGGAAGACCACAUUUAUCACCAUGAUGGGCGGCAGAGGGCCAAAGUAG